CUGCUGUUUGCCAUGUUCCUGAUGCACUACACCUGGCGCAGCUUCGCAUACCCCUGGAUGCAGAGGGGCGGUAAGCCGACGCCAGUAUUUAUCUGGGCCAUGGCCUCUGCCUUCUGCAUAAUCAACGGCUACCUGCAGCAGGCACAUGGCAUCUUUCAGCAAGGGGGUAAACGCUGCGGGGGAAGGAUACGCCCGCACCACUUGCUGGGGUUAGCCACAUGGGCAGCAGGCUGGGCGGUCAAUCUGCACUCGGACCAUAUCCUCAGAAAUCUGCGCCAGCCUGGCGAGACAGGGUACAAGAUCCCAAGGGGCGGCGCGUUCGAGUGGGUGUCCGGGGCGAAUUACCUGGGGGAGAUAAUCGAAUGGGGCGGCUACGCGGCAGCUGCCUGGUCGCUGCCGGCGGCUGCGUUUGCAAUAUUCACCCUCUGUAAUAUUGGGCCAAGAGCCUGGCAGCAUCACCAGUGGUACAGGAAACGUUUUCAUGACUAUCCUCGCAACAGAAAGGCACUAAUACCAUUUGUCUUGUGA